AUGGGAAAAUACUCUCCACCUAGCUCGGCUAGUACUGUGCAACAAGACGACGGCGAUGGGUCAUUAUGGUCGAUUCACGACAAGUCCCUCGAAAAAAGUAGAAUGUUAUCUUCGGAGGCUGAGAGUACUUUUCCAAGUGAACUUAAAUUGUAUUUACAGCAGUCUACGAUGUCCAGGGUCCAAGACCCAGUUCAAUUUUGGCAUCAAAGCAAAACACUAAUGGCUGCUUUAUCGUCCGUUGCUCUUAAAUAUUUAGCGGUAGUGGGCAGCUCAGUCACAUCGGAAAAAUUGGUUUCUGCGUUAAAUGCCAUUGUUACGGACGAUAGAAGCCGCCUUACUGACGCACAUAUCACAGAAAGAGUUUUUAUGAACAGAGUUUAA